GUCUCCGUGCUGCCGCACAAGCUCCCGCUGCUCCCUCCGGCCGCUUCAGCCUCCGUUGGCCCCUAGUGUUCAGCCGCUGCUGCCGCUGGACUGCAACGUGAUCAUCCCCCACCCCUCCUCCCCCCGCCCACCCACCUCUCCCCUGGCGCUGCCGGGUGGAUCCGCGUUUCUUUUGUGUCCGUUGCGAUCCCGACGUCCGCCGCUCUGCCGGGACAGUUUCUGACCGAGAGAGCCUGCGCUGUGUUGGGAGUUGUGACAGGCCUGUUUUCUCAGCGACAAAACUGCGUGUUCUUCCUCGCCCGUCGUACUACCGUCGAUGUCGAUGAGAGACUGUCGUCGUAGCGUCGACGGCUCCUGACGACGUGGCACCCGCGAUUGCUGUCGUCCACGGUGCCUACUUGACUGCGACCGGCUCUACGGUUCGUCGUUCGGUCGCCGCCGUUGACACCUUCUCGAGCCGUGAACAACUAUGCUGCUACCACCUUCACUCAUCACGGAAGCUCACGACCGUUGCCUCCCAACUCCUCCCCUGACCCCCGAAUCGCACCUCGGUGGCAGCAUCACCGGCCUUCCAGCCAUGCCCCCGUGCAGCUCCACGUCGCUGUGCCUGAGCCCGGGCUCGGGCCCCAAGGCGUACUACAUCGGCCCUCCGUCGCCCCCACACGGAGGCGGCAGUCAGCCGGGUUCGCCGUCGGUCGUGGUGCCCGUACCGCUACUUCCCGUACAGAACCCCGCCGCCUUCUCGGCGUUCGUACACCAUCACCAGCAGCACCCCCUGGUGACGCUUCCGACGCCUCCGGCACUUCCACCUCCAGCCCACAUGUCCGCCGCGGUCGUAACGUCGCCGGCGUCAGGCCUGAACCACCAUCCCAGGAUGCCGGACCACGUCGCUCCCGCGGUGGCAGCCCCCGCGGCGAGGCCGCGGAAGAAGUUUGACUUCAGCAGACUCGCCGAGUCCGCGACGGCGCCCGACGAAGAGUCGGCGACCGAAGAAGAUCAACGGCCCGCAGUACCAUCGGCUAGCUCACUACCCGCACCGUACAGAUCCUUCGUGCUCGAACAAAUGUACCAUCACCACCAACAGCAGCAGCGACAAAUGGGCGCCGCCGCUGCUGCUGCCAUGUCGAGCCGUACCGGUAGCCUUCACAGGCUAGAAAAGAGGUUCGCCUCGUCCCAGUCUAGUUCGUCGACGGUACCUCCUUCGUCCACUUCGGCGACCCUCAUGGCCAGCGCUGCUGCUGGACUGAGGCCCGUCCGGUACCGGGCGCCGUCGCGGCCCAAGAAGGAGUUCAUCUGCAAGUUCUGCCAGCGCCGGUUCACGAAGUCCUACAACCUGCUCAUCCACGAGCGGACGCACACCGACGAGAGGCCGUACACGUGCGACAUCUGCCACAAGGCGUUCCGCCGACAGGACCACCUCAGGGAUCACAGGUACAUCCACUCGAAGGAGAAGCCGUUCAAGUGCAGCGAGUGCGGCAAGGGUUUCUGCCAGUCGCGCACCCUGGCCGUGCACCGCAUCCUGCACCUGGAUGACUCGCCGCACAAGUGCCCCACGUGCGGCCGCAGCUUCAACCAGCGCUCGAACCUCAAGACGCACCUGCUCACGCACACCGACAUCAAGCCCUACCACUGUCCGGCGUGCGGCAAGGUGUUCCGCCGAAACUGCGACCUGCGUAGGCACGCACUCACGCACGGCAUUCGGACGCCCGACACGGACUCCGAAGACGGCGGCGACUCGCAGUGAAGCCCACCGUCUCUUAGGGACGCUUAUUACUCGCGUAAUAAAUAGACGCGAAGAAGCGAAGACGAGGACGGAAGGAAGCAGGCUGUGGAUGUGUCGUAGCGUCUACAUAGUCAAUGUUGUAGAGACUCUCUUUCGUGCCACCUGUUGUGUGGAACACACAUUUGCAAGUACGGAAUCGAGUCGACACGCUUAGGCUACCCAGUGCACGCAACUAUGGGUGGUGUUCCGGCGCAUGUUCCUCGUGACCAGUCGGAGACGACUCGACGAAGACUAUCGUCACUGAUGUGUGCUGUGCCGGGUUCAGUAGUUCAGCCAAAGACUAUCCUCACCACACCACUCGCUCUGCGCUUGCAAUAGCAAUAUCGCUGGUUCCUUCAGCAACACAGCGAAUGCCGUAACCUGGUUCCCGUUCCUGACGCACUGCGCAUGCGUGUCAAGCUAGGGCGGCAACGUUCGUUCAUGCCCUGACAUCAAUCAGCUGCUACCUCGAACGCUUCCGAAACAUUGUAUGCGUGAUGUGAAGCCACUGAACAACGAACUGAUUCCUAAAUGAGAACGUCCCCCCACAUUCGUUGUACUUACAAGCAAAUACGUGCAUUUGCGUUACCCUUGGUGGCGGAAGCAUUGUGCCAACUGGAAAAGCAGAAAGUACCUGCAUUGACUGAGCGUGGCUGCACUUUGGUUCCAAGUGACUAACUUCUAAAAACAUUUUCUUUAGUCACUGCGAUAGAACAGUGUGACGCUGACUGACAUAAUAUAAGUUUCCCAUAAAUGAGGCUGUGAAUUGUGUUUACCGGCUUGUUCCAUUCACUGCUGCUCAUCUCCGACCAGUGCCUCGUCACGCAGCUGAUCGCCAAAGACAAGUUACGAGGACUAUAUAUACUGCAACGCUCGUUUACCAUUCGCUAGCUCGCGUUCAGUUCCAAUCAAGCUGCUCUGCCAUUGCAAUUACAUUGUUCGUGUAAAUAUGUCCUGCAAGUGGUGUGCCACCAAUGAUCUCUUUGUAAAAAAAAAUGAGUGAGUGAAGCGCUUGUACUCUUGUUUUUCGAGAGUGUCUAAAAAUGAAUCUGUCGAUAUGUAUUAAAAGCGACAAUUUGUU